AACCUACUACACAGGCCAUAGUUCGGACCGUUGUGAACACCACAAACGAAAGACACCUUCCACUAGCUCACCACACCGUCAAGACCCUACUUCACCUGUCGUUCGUUCAUCCCACUACCGAAGUUUUUGUACCGUAACCGCUUAAACAGAUUGUGGUGUUAUCAAACCGUGGUUGGUCGUAUCUCUUAAAUUGUUCUAAAAGCACGAACGUUAUUUAAACAAAAUUUUAUCACCACAAUUGGGUAUUAACUUACGUAACUUACACGUUUUUAUUUUUAUUAACCUUUAAAUAUAACCUACAAAUUUGACAGAUGUUUGGUACUACAUAACCUCAAAUUUUUUUUAAUUGUCAAAGUGAAGUUUAUUUGAUGAUUUAUUUAUAAUUUCUAAUAAAAUAAAGAGAAUAAUAAAUAAGUUCUUUUACAAGGAUUUCAUCAUCAAUUUUGUGCUUUUCCCGUUUUUAUAACCGACAUGGUUCUUAGAUUAUUGGAUUUAGGGUUAAGAAAAGUUGAGAAUGCUAUUUUCACAUUAAUAUUUCGAAGAUUUCCACCAUCAGAGGGUUAUUGUGUUGUUGGAAACAUAACCUCAACUCAUAACCCGGAAAGGUCGAAUUCUUGGAGUUUGAAAGAAUUGAUUGGAGAUGGUUGGUUGUGGGCAGUACCAAAAAGUAGGAGAUCGAUUGAGAAGCGAUUAAAAAGAAAAUAUGGAAGUCCUGACUAUAACUUAAAAAUUUUGUUACCAAAGAAUACGCUCCGAACUUGUAACACAUGUGGUGAUGAUCACGAAGUUGGGGUUUUAUGCCCAACAUGUUAUAAAAAAGUAAUCGAAGAAACUAAAGCGAUGCAAGAUAAGAUACAAGAAGAAUUAAAAUUAGAACCUGUUGAAAAGGAAGUUGUUGUUUUAUACGAUGGCGAAAAAGAUUACAAACCAAGCGAAUUUUUCGAAGGUAAACGAAUAAUCGAAAUGAAAAAACCCAGACCAAAUUGGUUCAGUAAAAAUCUUACUGAGAAAACGACUCAACAACCUGCAACAACAAGCGAUGUUAAACCAUCCGGAUUAGGUUAAUCACAAUUAAAAUUGUAUCAUUAUAAUAAUUUCGGAUUAAAACCAUCAAAGUAGUCUUUAA